AUGGGAAACAGCAGUUCCCACAAGAGGACCAAAGCGUCCAAGCAGGCUGGCAAGGAGAGGCCACGUGACAUGGACGAGGCCCGCUGGAAAGAGCUCUGCAGCAGAUUCCCACAGAAGAAGCCCAGCACCCCACCCUCAAAACAUGCUGCUCUGCCCCUCUUCAAAUGGGCAGAGGACCUGGACCAGGCUGGGUGGGUGAAGGCCCCUGGCAUCAAAGCUGGGAGGACCAAGGUCGUGCUGCUUUUUACCCCGGACAAGCGGCGGCACCGGGCCGAGGAGGCGGUGGGCCUGGGCGUACCACCUAGGCGUCCAGGUGAGGACGCAUCGGGCGCCCAGGAAGGCACCCCGACGGCGGCGCCCAUGCUGCGUGGAGCGGGCGACGGCGCCGAGCAGCACGAUAGCUUGGGAGAGAGAGACAUAAAGAAGAUUCUGGUCCGGCUGCUGCUGCAGAACCCGCGGCUGCACGAGGGUCAGAACCAGAACCCCUCCGAGCUGGGGAGGGUCAUCCUGCUGCACUGGUGGGAGGCUCUGCCCCUCACUCCAACUCUGCAGACUCGGGUCGGUCCCCACCAGGGCUGCAGGCUCUGCGGAGGCGGAGCCGCCCCCCGCCAUCCCGGCGAGUCCCGAGAGAGAGGGCCUGGUGAAGAGGGCCAGAGGGCGAAGAGGGCAAAGAGGGCCAGCGCACGGGCACAGACCGACAGGAACCUCAGGUCCAGGGGCGGAGCCACGAGCUGCAAAGCAGACAGCCACUCGGGCCUUACGGAGUGGGACCGGACCACCACAGUGUGGGCUCAAGGAUCGAGAGGGACGGUCACCCAGGUCAGACGAGGAGGGACUUUGGCCAAGGAGGCAGAGCCAGGAGCCGAAAGGCGUGGCCACGGUCUAGGCUGGAGGCGGGGCCUCAGAGGCGCGGAGGGGGCGGGCCGGCGCCUCCAGCGGGCGGAGCCCUUCGGCGAAAGGCCGGGUCCUGUUCUGAAGGUGGCGUCGGUGUCCGGCAGCCGCCGGGGCUGCCGGGCCCUGGGCCGCGUUGCUGUGGUGGUGGACCAGGGCUCGGGUUUCACCAAGGCGGGCUUCGCGGGUGAGGACCAGCCGCGCAUAGUGCUGAAGAGCUCCAGCCUGGUGCCCAGCUGGGACCGGCCUGUGCUGCCCGGCGCGCCCGGUUGCGAGCUGGCAGGCGGUGUGGCGCGGGCGCACCCUAUCAAGCACGGCGUGGUGGUGGACUGGGAGGCGUUGGAGGGACUGUGGGAGCGUCUGCUGGUGGGCGGCCUGCAGGUGUGCCCAGAGCAGUGGCCCGUGCUGGUGAGCGACUCGCCGUCGGCGCCGCCCGCGGGCCGCGAGAAGGCGGCCGAGCUGCUGUUCGAAGCCCUGGCAGUGCCCGCCUGCCACAUCGCCAGCACCGCGUUGCUGGCGCUCUGCUCUGCCGGCGCGUUCAGCGGGCUGGUGGUGGAGGCGGGCGCGGGGGGGUGCCCCGCCACGCCCAUAUAUGCGGGGCCCUCGCGGGGCCGGCGGGCCGUGUCCCGCAAGGCCAUCACACAGCUCAAAAAGCGCUGCUGCUAUGUGUCUCUGGACUUCGAGGGCGACCUCCGUGACCCUUCCCGCCACCAUCCGGCCAGUUUCUGCAUGGGCAACGGAUGCUCCGUCCGCCUGAGCAGCGAGCGCUUCCGCUGCCCUGAACCCAUCUUCCAGCCGGGUCUGCUAGGCCAGGCGGAGCCAGGAUUGCCCACACUGGCCUUCCGAGCACUGCAGAAGAUGCCUGCAACACUGCGGACGCGGCUGGCCAACAGCGUGGUGCUGGCAGGGGGCUCCACACUUUUCCCUGGCUUCGCAGAGCGCCUGGACCUGGAGCUAGAGGCGCAAUGCCGGCGGCAUGGCUACCCAGCCCUACGACCCCGCCUGGUGGCCCAGCCCGGGCGUGGCAUGGCUGUGUGGACCGGCGGCUCCAUGGUGGCCUCCUUGCAUUCCUUUCAGUGCCGCUGGAUGACCCGGGCUAUGUACCAGGAGUGUGGCUCCAGACUAGUGCAUGAAGUGUUCAACUGAGUCACACUGGACUGGAGGGGGUGGCAAAAGCCAGGGCUGCAGAGGCUGCCGGCUGCACUGCAGCUCUAUCAGAGGAUCCGAGUCCCACAUAAAGCCUCCAGUUUGGUGCUGCCAGGUUCUGGUGUGGUGAUGGGCCACCCCCUAUCCUUUCUUGGGCACAGAGGUGGUGGUCAGGGUCUCUGAAACACUGUUUGAAUCCCCCCCCAACCACUGUCAGUGCAGAGCCCACUCCCAGG